UCUUUGAAUGUUAGGUCUUGGUUUUUGUUGUUCUUUAUGUUGUUGUUUGUUUGAUGUUUCCGUCAUCGUAUUCAUUGUAUAUGCCUGUUUUCUUUUGAUGGGUGGGCAGACUUUUACUGUUGCUUUGAAUCUUAAAUAGUAAUCUCCCAUUUUUAUUGACCUUUGAAAAUUAUUGUUUGUGUUGGCAUUUUCUUGAUGUGGGUAGUUAAUCUUCUGAUUUGAUUGAUACUCACUUGGGUUUUCUUUAUAAUUUUGGGAGAAAUUAUUUCGUGGGUAAUCUCUCUUUAGUAUUUAAGAUUUAGAUUUCUUUUGGGAUUUUAAAAUUUUGAUUUCUAAUUUGAAUUUGUAACUAAUUAUGCCCUAUGAAGCACUGACCCUUCAAAAUAAGUGUCGUAGCUAUUUGGUGGCGAGGACACUUGGGGACGCCAACUAGUUUCUUUUUUCCUCUUUCUUUAGUGUUUUUUAUGGAUGUUGGAUGUUGAAUGUUUAUUAUUUUUUGCUUAGAUUUAAAUAGUGAUCAUCCAUAAAAAUGAUAUAAAUGAUAAGUGUUAAUUUAAAAUUGAGUGUUUUUUUUUUUUUUUAAAUGUCAAAUUCAUGCAAGUUUUUGUUAAUUUUGAUUGUUUAUGGAUGUAAUCUACUUAGCAAAUAAAAAUAUAUCAAACAAUAUUUUAUUUUUGUGUCCCUGCUGUGUCUAUGUCCCCCCUGUUUUUAAAAUCAUCAUAUCCCUUGUCUAUGUUUGCAUCUGUGUUCACGCUCGUGCUACUUAGAUUAUGCCACUGCAGCCACUCGAUUCCAAAUGUGUAAUGAUAUAUAUAAAUGUUCAGUUCUCACAUUUUAUAAGCAUCCCUAGCACUGGUUUCAAGUCACAAAAACAGUUUCUCAAAAAAUGGGGUGAGGUUGCAUACAUUUUACCCUCUCCAAAUCCCUCUUAAGCAGCAGCCUCAGGCAUUAGGUUGCCAUAGUUGUAUAAUCUAAUCUUGUCAUGAUUGUAUAUGAAGAAACCCUUGCAUGGGUCAAAUAAGUGAUUUUAUUUUAUUUUUAAUUGGAUUGCCUUGACAAUGGAAUCCAAGUCUAGUUUGAUCACAUGUGAUGUGACUGCGUAGUCCUGAUAAAGAUGAGGAGGAAUAUAUCUUACAAAUUGAAUGUAGUAUUUGUUUUCCUUUGACUAGCAACUGUUCAAUAUGCAAUUUGAGAGUACAUUAAUUCAAAAAUUAUGAUUUUAAUUAAUUAAUUAACAUGCUAAUCCAGGCCUUUAACUAGUUUUUACACUUUUUGCUAUAGACAUGGAACUUUAUUAGAUAGAUAAGUUGUUAAAGUUAGCUAGAGAGACAGUGAAGGGGAUUCUUAAUAGUUGCUUUCAUUAGAUAUUUAUAGAUUUGGGAAACUGUGUAGAAACUAAAGCAUAUUAGGGAAGAACUCUUAAAAUAAAAGAGUUGGAAUAUAAGGGUUUAUAAUGAAUCCAAUUAUAUGGUUACAUAUCAAGAAAAAUCCAAAUUACCUUGUGAUUUAGGUACAGAGAGGAAAGUGCCCUUAUCCAUGUGGCAUUCUCUCAUUGUUACUUUUAGGAUCCAUAACUUAGGUAAAAAGGGUCAUUAUUUUAACUUUAUAUAGCUAGAGGUAUCCAUCUAUGAUUAUAACUAUGUUGUGCUUUUAUGUCAGAAGUUAAUUUCAGGUUGUCAUGGUUUGCAUACACGUCAUGAAUGUAGGAAGAAUUUUUUGUUGUACCAUGUUGGCCAUUUAGGCGUAGCCAACGUUUGUUCCAAGGUAAUUGUUGGGGAGUUAGGUAUGUACAUGCUUUCCAAUGUGACUUGUUAGUUGAUUUCCUUGGGAACUUACAUACUCGAAUUUGGCAGUCUUACUUGGAGAUUGAGAUGGUUUUGAGUGGGGUGGAUGACUAGAAACACAAAAUUCAGUGGAGAAAAGAUUAUGCAAGCAUAUGCCAGUAUAUAUAAAGACUUUGGAGAAGUGUUUUCUUAUGUUUGAUUUUGAAGAAAAGCGAAAAUUGAGUUCUAGAGAUAGGAAUAAUAUGGACUCAUAGGUUGGGAAUUAGUGAAUUCUACUUAGAAAGGUGCGAGGCUAGUUCGAAAAUGUUUUUUCUGGAUGAGUUGUGUUGCAAGUUUGACGUUAUUGAUAAGACAUAUAACGGACACCAGAAUACUGUAGGUAGAGUUGAAAAUGUUGAUCAUGGGCAUUUUGUAUCAAGUCCUUCUGGAUUUAAGUUAUUGCUUUUACAAAACUGGGGUUGGUGUUAAACAAAGAGAGGUCUGGAUGAUAAGCCAAAUAUUCUUGAAGUAUUAAUCUGCAGAAAGCACAUGAAUUAUGAAAUACUACAGGCACUGCAGCUUGGAAUCAGGCAUUUCGUUGGGCAGUACAUGGUAUUGCCAAAGAAGGAGCUCUCACCUAAUGACUUCAAACCGACCCAAAGUACCUGGAUUCAAUAUUCUAAACAGAACCCUAAAAGUCUUCCUCCAGGCACCGUUACUGACUUUCAGUGGAAAGAUUACUGUCCUGCAGUGUUCAGACAUCUACAAGAGCUUGGAAAUAUUGAUUAUUCUGAUUAUGUGCUGUCAGUCUGUGGCCACGAGACUUUAAUGGAGAUUUCUUCACCUGGGAAAAGCGGUUCCCUGCUUUUUAGGUCCAAGGAUGAUCGAUUUGUGAUCAAGACCUUGAGGCAAUCUGAAGUGAAGGUGCUCUGUGAAAUGCUUCCAAACUACUUGCGCCAUGUUGAACAAUAUGGAGCGUCCUUGUUGAUCAAGCUGUAUGGACUUCAUGCUGUGAGGCCAAUUGGAGGUCUAAAGGUUUACUUUGUUGUCAUGGAAAAUGUAUUACAGUCUGAUCUGUACAUACAUAGGUGCUAUGAUCUCAAAGGUUCAUCACAAGGUCGAACCAUCAGCAAAGCAGAAGACCAUGAGAGAGCCACAUUUAAGGAUUUGGAUCUUGAUUUUCUCUUUUAUCUUGAGCCCUUGACCCGUCAUAAACUUUUAGCGCAAAUCAAGAAUGAUUGCAAGUUUUUGGAAGAUCAAGGCAUCAUGGACUACAGUCUUUUGCUUGGAAUGCACAUAAAAGCUCAAAGUCAAGGUUCCAACAACACAACUCGUAGUGACACCGUACAAGGAUGUAACGACUCUGAAUGGGCUCCUGCUGAUAUUUGCCUAAUUCGUAACAGGCCUGAUGCUAAAUUUGGAGUGAAGAUGCCAGCACGUGCCGUCAGAGUACGUAGAAAUGGAAAAGACGACAUGGCAUUGGACCAAGAGGUUGAAGGGGAAUGCUUCAAUGUUUUGUUGUACUUCGGAAUAAUAGAUAUUCUUCAAGGGUACAACAUGAGGAAGCGCAUCGAGCAUGCUUGCAAAGCAAUACAGUAUGAUUCGGUGUCAAUCUCAGCCGUAAGUCCCAAAGUAUAUUCGGCUCGUUUCCAGGAUUUUCUUUUCAAAGUAUUUCAAGAAGAAUUGUGACCUUGGUACCUUUUCACAGAGAGUAAAAUCAAUAUUUUCAUCUAUGAAGGUUUCAUAGAAAUGAUCAGGUUGUAACACUCAACAAAAAGUUCAUUAUGUGACCAAAAAUCAUAAUAUUGAUAUCAUAUUUUUUUCAUUGUUGAGGUCUUAUAUAUGCAUAUCCUUCAUUAGUUAA